UACAUAUAUAUAUAUAUACGACUGGAAUAAAUUCUUAACACAACUACUCUAGAAUCGACUACUCAAUUCUCAACAUGUCUUUUCGCAUCUUGGCUCUUACCACGUCUCUCUCUCUCAACUGUAUCCUCUCUUAUCUCUACUACCUCGUUCUCACUGAAAAUGCCUUAUGUGUAAAACAAAUGCAAUAUUGUGCUACUCUUGCACAAAGUUCAAAUGGGACUUUGAAGUCAGGUGUAGUUACUUCAACCGAAAGAUUGAUCGAAGUCAUCGCAUCAUCACUGUCUGAGCUGACAGAAGAAGUUACACCUCAGGAUACUGCUUCAAAUGCCAACCAAAUGCAAUCUGGUGCCGCUCUUGAAACUUCAAACGGGACUAAUAUUGAUGUUGAUGUUGGUACUUCAACUGAAGGAUUUAGCGAAGUUGCAGGUGAUACAACUGAAUUCAUGGCAUCAUCACUGUCUGAGCUGACAGAGGAAGUCACACCCCAGAUGGAGAAUGGUAGAAUGGAGAUCUUCCCUGAGCAGCUCAGUCGGGACGAUCAUCUGAUGUACCAAGAUGAUUGCAGUUCAGAACAACGUAUUUUUCUAGUGCGAGAUAUUGUCAUAGGUAGUUAUCAACAUUUUAUCUAUACACCCAGAACUACCGAAGAAGACAAGGAACAUGCCGAUGAUGCUGAAAUACACACUGCAUUGCGAACAGGGAUUUUUAAUAUAGCUAAAACAGUUGUCACAGACACAGCCGAUGUUAAUAUAAAAGGAUUAGGUGGUCAGACACCUCUACAUCUGGCCGCUUGGAGGGGAGACGAAUCUCUUGUGAAUUUGUUGUUAUCAAAAAAUGCAAAUGUAAACGUUUUGGACGAUUGCGAUGACACUCCCACUCAUUAUGCAGCACGAGGAGGACAUCUGAAUAUAGUUAAGGUACUUCUCAAUCAUGGCGCUAAUGUCAAUAUUAGAGGUAGCUUUGGCAUGACACCGCUGUUCAUUGCUGUAGGUUUCGGCUAUGAAUCUAUAGUAAAUUUGAUGUUGUCAAAGAACGCAAGUGUGGAUAUAAUGGAUGAUAUUGGUAUCUCCCCUUUGCUUUUAGCGGUGUAUAAAUAUAACUCAAACAUAGCCACUGCUCUUAUUCAUAACGGAGCUAACCCUGAUUUCCAGAGAAAUGGCGGAGUGACACUAUUAAUGGAUGCUGUUUGGAGAUGUAAUGAAGUUGUGGUAAAUUUUUUGUUGUCAAAUAAUGCGAGUGUGAAUAUGAAAGACUGGGAUGGUUUGACUGCCUUGCAUAAAGCAGCUAAAAAUAUACAAGAAUGGGGUGGUAUUAUCGUCUUGGAUAAAGCAACAUAUACACAGAACAUAAACGUAGUCAAAGCCCUCCUCAAUAACGGAGCUAACCCGGAUAUCCAGGACAAUGGAGGUGAAACUCCUUUGAUGAUCGCAUCUUGGAACGGUGAUGAAGUUAUGGUAAAUUUAUUGCUGUCGAAGAAUGCAAGUGUGGAUAUAAAAGACUGGAGAGGGAUAACUGCCUUGCAUGAAUCAAUAUUUAGAAAGAACAUAAACAUAGCCGAAACUCUUCUCGAUCACGGAGCUAACAUCAAUAACAAGAAAUAUAAUGGAGAGACACCUUUGUUGGCCGCUGUUUGGAAUGGCGAUGAGGCUAUGGUAAAUUUAUUGCUGUCAAAGAAUGCAAGUGUGGAUAUAAUGAAUGAUGAAGGUAUAUCUCCUUUACAUUGGGCAAUAUAUAAAAAGAACACGAACAUAGCCAAAGCUCUUAUCAAUAACGGAGCUGACGUCAACAUCAACAAAUAUAAUGGAGAGACACCUUUGAUGGCCGCAGCUUUGAAUGGUGAUGAAACUAUGGUGGAUUUAUUGUUGUCAAAGAAUGCAAGUGUGGUGUUUAAGAGCUGGAAUGGCCCCUCUUCCAUUUAUACAGUAGAAGCCAAAGAGGACAUAAACUUUGCCAAAUAUUUUUUUAAUAAAGUAGCUGAGGUCUAUAGCAAGAGAUAUGAAGGAAUGGCACCUUUGAUACAAGCUGUUUCGAAUAAUGACGAAUCUGCGGUGAAUUUAUUGCUGUCAAAGAAUGUCAGUGUGGGUAUAAUGAAUAAUGGCCUUUCUCCCUUGCAUAUAGCAAUAUUUAAAAAGAACAUCAACAUAACCAAAGCUCUUCUUAAUUACGGAGCUAACAUCAAUAUCAUGGAUAAUAUCGGAAAAAUUACACCUUUGAUGGCCGCUGUUUGGAAUACUGAUGAAGCUAUGGUAAAUUUACUAUUGUCAAAUAAUGCAAGUGUGAAUAUACAGGCGGACAAAAGUUAUACUGCCCUAGAUUUAGCAAUGAUUCUAAAUAAUAUAAAUUUAGCCAAAGUUCUUCUCAAUGGCGGAGCGAACGCCAAUAUCAAGAACGCUAUUUUUAUUGGCAAUGAAGCUAUGGUAAAUUUAUUACUAUCGAAGAAUGCAAGUGUGGAUAUUAAUAACGAAAAUGGUUAUAAUGCCUUGCAUUUAGCAAUAUCUAAAAAGAGUAUAAACAUAACCAAAGCUCUUAUCAAUAAAGGAGCAAACGUCAAUAUCGUUGGGUAUAAUGGAGAGACACCUUUGAAGACAGCUGUUUGGAAUGAUGAUGAAGCUAUGGUAAAUUUAUUGCUUUCAAAAAAUGCAAGUAUGGACAUAAAGGACAGGAAUCAUAAUACUGCCUUGCAUUUAGCAAUAACGAAAAGGAACAUAAACAUAGCCAAAACUCUUCUAGAUAAAGGAGGCAACAUCAAUAGCCAUGGAGAUGACGGAAUGACACCUUUGAUGAAAGCUGUUUUGAGUGCUGAAGAAGCUAUGGUGAAUUUACUUAUUUCAAGUAAUGCUUCUUUAGAAAUAAGAGACAAUUUCGGUAAUGGAGCAAUACACUUUGCAGCUUGGGAUGGAAACAUUGAAGUUCUUAAGUUGCUUCUUGAUCAUGGUGCAAAUGUCAAUAGCAAAGGAGAAAAUGGUAAAACACCUCUACAUUUUGCAGUUCGGAAGGACGAUAAAAAAUUCAGGAAAGCUUUAUUUAAAGAACUAAAAAUUGUUCGGAAUGAAAUGUUCGAAAUUGAAAAUAAAGCAGUCUCAGUAAUACAGAUCCUCUUGAAACAUGGAGCCGAACUGAAUUCUCAAAAUUAUAUCGGACAAACAGUUCUCCAUGAAACUGCUGCUUUAGGUUAUAACCGAGUCGUUGCCUACCUGCUUUCACAGAACGCCAGUUUCAGUAUCGAGGAUUAUGUUUGCUUCACUCCAUUCCAGUUGGCAGCCAAUAAUGGAAAUGUCGAUAUGAUAAAGACCUUGUUAGAUAACGGGGAUGAUGUCAAUCGAAAAGGUUGUAAUGGCGUCACAGCCUUACACUUGGCAAUCAAUAGAAACGACACUGAUUUUAUUAAAUAUCUUUUAUCCAACAAUUGUGAUCCGAAUGUCAUGAGCGAAGACGGGCGAACCCCUUUAGAUUUAACUUUUGAUCCUUUUUCAAAAGACGUUAUGAAAUUACUUCUUGCUCAUGGAGCCAAAGUGGAAGACAACAGCUUCUUGGGAUCGAAAAUUCUUUUCGAUGCGGUUUCAAAUAAAUCGAUAGAAGUAAUAAGGCUUCUGUUGGGCAAGAGUAAAAAUUUCUACUCCUAUCCUACAGUUAUUCUUAACCAUGCCAUUAUAACGGGAUUUUCAGAAGGAUUUAAUAUGCUCAUCUCUCACGGAGCUAACAUUGUGGAGAAAGACAUCCAUGGUAAUCUCCCCCUUACAUUAGCAGUUAUGUCAAAAAGUACUGCGUUCGUUAAAUUGAUUUUAGAAACAGGAUGGAGAAAAAUCAAUAAGAAGAAUUUUCAAACUUUUUUAGAUGCAGAUUGCGACGUAAAGCUUUUUACAUCAAGGAACGACGUUAUUCAGAUUUAUAAUGCGACAGCACUGCACGUUGCAUCCUACUACAGUCUCAAAGAUGUCGUUGAACUGUUGAUAUCAUACGGCGCUACCUUAGAUGUGAGAGAUAGCCGGAGAUAUUCUCCACUCCACUAUGCCUGUGAGAAUGAUCAUUUCGAAGUUGUGGAACUGCUGUUGAGUUCUGGAUCCAACAAAAAUCUUGCCGAUAUCAACGGCACUGCUCCCCUACACAUCGUCUCCAGAAAAGGUCUCUUUCUAAUAGCUGAAUUACUACUUUCCGAUCCACCAGCAGCCAUCGACCAAGCAGACAACAGUGGAUACACUCCUCUUCAUUUUGCAGCUAUGAACGGAUUUCUAGAAAUAGCCGAAUUGUUAUUGGAUUAUGAUGCUAAUAUGGAAGCUAAAACAACUGAUUUCAAAACACCACUUCACUUAGCAUCACGCGAGGGUCAUAGGGAAAUAGUAAGCAUCUUAUUGGAGGAUGGAGCUGAAACAGAUGCAUCUGACAUUUAUGGUAUGACACCACUACAUUUCGCCGCAAGAGAAAGAUACUAUGAUGUAGUUGUGGAGAUGACUUUUUUCAAUGCUACCGUCAACAUCAGAAACCAAAACGACAGCACACCAUUACAUCUGGCAUGCGAAUGGAGUACCAAACCCGGAGAUGAAACUUUAGAUGUUAUUAAUGAACUUUUAUUCAGUGGAGCAGAUAUCGAAGCAAAAGACCACAACCAAAUGACCCCGUUACAUAUAGCAUCUAGAGACAAUUCCUCAGAAGUCGUAGAGUACCUACUGGUGAAUGAAGCAGACGUAUUCAGUAGGGAUGCGUUGCUCAACCUACCUAUCCAUUACGCGGCAUCAUUCGGGCAAUAUGACGUAAUACUGAGGUUAUUGGAGAAAGAAAUAACUAAUAGCAAAAUUGACUCGAGGCAAAUUAUAUCUGUGAACAUUAAUGGAGAAACCCCUUUGUUCUUGGCUUCAAGAGAAGGGCACACUAAGGUGGUAGCUUUGCUCUUGCAGGUCGGAGUCGAAACUGUUCAGCCUGACAUCAAUGAGAGGAAUGCUUUGCACCGCAGCGCCGCCAGAGGUCACUUCGAGAUAGUAAAACUCCUUUGCCAAGCCCUUUUAAAUAAAGAAAAACAAGAUAAAUGGGGAUUUACAGGAUUAAACUACGGUGCUUCUUGGAAAGGUCACCAGGAAGUUAUAGGAUAUCUUUCGGCUACCCAACUAAACAUAACAUUAUCAUAUUAUUUCAAGAAAUCAAAUCCUUUGCAAUAUAAUUUCGAUAAGCAGAUUUCAAUAAAGGUAAAAAAGUUACCUGGUAUAAAGUCGGUAAUACGUUAUUCUUUUAACGUAAACAGGGGAAAAUUUAGGUACAUUUAUUCACCUGAUGACUAAAUUAAUAUUUUCAUUUUUUUCGGAGGAACGCCCCAUACAAAUAGAGAUGGUCACAAUAAUAAAUUAUUAUGACAGAUAUAAAAACUAAUGUAAAUAUAACAAUUUAUUAGGUUACAAUGACAAAGUGGGCGGGGUAGUCGAAAGUGCUAAGGCGUGUGCACUGAACCGCCGUUGCCCGGCAACCUGAGAUCUAGACACAUGAUAUAAAAAUAGCCACGAGUUCGCGUCCCGGUGCCCGAGGGGGUCUUUUAAAUCCCCGCUCACACCCCCUGGCCCGGGAAAACCCCGUAUAGGCUUAACGGCGAGGAAGGGGAGGACCCAACAAAAAAACAUCAAAUUGUAUUAUUUUAUUAGGAUUUAAUUAUUUUAUUUUGAUAUUAUUUAUUUAUCUUUUAUACUGUGUGAUUUCAUUUUUGCUGAACCAGUAUAUAAUCUUAGUGUUGUUUAUUUUCAUUUUCGUUUUGAUAAUUAGAGUGCCUAUUAUUUUUUUUGUUUCACUAUAAUAUAAUGAAUAUUUUAAAACAUACACGUAGCCAUAUUAUAAUUCCGUGUAUAUUUAAACAAAUUAAAUAACAGACAUAUUUUUUUUUGUUUUGUAUUUCUUGUAAUUAGAUAAAUGUUCAUAUUAUAUUUUUUUGGUAACUAUGUAUGUAUUUAAUGAUUUUGUUUUGUUUUUCUGGUGUUUAAACGAUUUUUGUAUAUUAUAUAUUUUUGGUAAUUUAUUAUUUAUUUAAUCUUAUUUUUUUGUAAUUAGAUAAAUGUUCAUAUUAUAUAUUUUUGGUAACUAUGUAUGUAUUUAAUGUUUUUGUUUUGUUUUUCUGGUGUUUAAAAGAGUUUUGUAUAUUAUAUAUUUUUGGUAAUUUAGUAUUUAUUUAAUCUUCUUUUUUUGUUUUUCUGGUAAUUGAAUAACUUAGUGCAUUAUAUAUUAUUGGCAACUAUGUAUAUGUUUAAUGUUUUUGUUUUGUUUUUCUAGUAAUUCAAUGAAUUUAUAUAUUAUAUAUUUUUGGUAAAUA